AUGGGGUCGGUGUAUGUUACUUCUAAAGUUACUAGAGUGGGCCAAUUCAUGAGAAUGAACCCGCCCAAGUUCUUUGGCGCUAAGGUAAAAGAGGACCCGCAGGGGUUCAUAGAUGAAAUAGAGAAGAUUUUCAAAGAAGAUGCGAAGGGUCACAAUGCUGAGCCCAUAGUUUGGGAUGAGUUUGUGGAAGCAUUUCUUGAUCGAUUCUUUCCUAUGGAGCUGAGGGAAGCUAAAGAAAAAGAGUUCAUUAACGUUAAGCAGGGUAAGAUGAGUAUUCAAGAGUAUACUCUAAAUUUUAAUCAGCUGGCCCGUUAUACCCCUGAGAUGACGAGUAGUAAGAGGGCCCGAAGGAGAAAGUUUGCUUCCGGCCUUUCAGACGAUCUGGUGCUUGAGUGCCAUAUCCAGAGAGACUGUCCGGCCGCAAGGAAUAAUGUUGGAGGAUCCAAGUCUCAGGCGAAUUCUGCUGCACCACCACCACCUCUGAAGGGUACCACUUCAGCCACUGGAAAUGACCAAAAUUGGUUGUACACCUUGACCAAUUACCAGGAGGCAACGGCCUCCCCAGAUAUUGAUACCGGUAUACAGGUGAUGAGAAGGAAUGAAUUGUCAUUGAGCAUAAAAGAGAUCAAUAAGAGAAGAAGUGGUGCAAAAGAUGGAAAACUAGAAGCAAAUUUGGCCUCAUGUACCAUGAUUGCAGAGUGA